UCAAACGGCAACUCUAGCCUCCACUCACUCACUCACCCUCUCUUAACCAGUUAAUCCUAAAGGCCUCCCUAGUCCCUUGAUUCAUCAACUCAUCAUCAACACUCAUCAGCCAGCCACCACCAGCUGCAGCUCCUACCAUCGCCGAACUCCUCUCCUCGGCCAGAGCUCACCGUCGCCGCCGGAAUUGUGACCGACAGAGGCUGCAGUCGCCGAACGUCUCUGCCACUCACCAUCUUCUCCUCGCCGUGGAAUCUCUGCUCGGAGCUCUUCUCGUUGCCAUCGCGAACUGCUCCUGCUCGGCUCCCGGCGUCUCUCUCUUCAAGCUCUCUCUCUAUCUCUACGAGGUCGCUGUCAGUGCCGUGUUCCUCCGAGCUCACUCUGUCACCGCUGUUCCUCCCCCGGCGUCUCACCGGUUGAUUCGACACAAUGGUGCAGUAUAACUUCAAGAAGAUUACGGUAGUGCCGAACGGGAAGGACUUUGUUGACAUCAUCCUCUCCCGUACCCAGCGCCAGACACCAACCGUCGUGCACAAAGGAUAUGCAAUUUCCCGUCUUCGUCAGUUUUAUAUGCGAAAAGUGAAGUACACUCAACAAAAUUUCCAUGACAAACUCUCUACCAUCAUUGAUGAGUUUCCUCGCCUCGAUGAUAUUCACCCGUUCUACGGGGAUCUCCUCCACGUGCUCUACAACAAAGACCAUUACAAGCUUGCACUUGGACAGAUCAACACCGCCAGGAAUCUUAUUGGUAAGAUUGCAAAAGACUAUGUGAAGCUGUUGAAGUAUGGUGACUCGCUGUACCGGUGCAAGUGUCUGAAGGUUGCUGCUCUUGGUCGCAUGUGCACUGUCAUCAAGAGGAUUGGCCCGAGUUUGGCUUACCUCGAACAGGUUAGGCAACAUAUGGCUAGGCUUCCGUCGAUAGAUCCAAACACCAGGACUAUUUUGAUUUGUGGCUACCCUAAUGUUGGCAAGAGUUCAUUCAUUAACAAAAUUACAAGAGCUGAUGUGGAUGUGCAGCCUUAUGCUUUCACCACAAAGUCGCUGUUCGUUGGCCACACAGACUACAAAUACCUGAGGUACCAAGUAAUUGAUACACCGGGUAUUUUGGACAGGCCUUUUGAGGAUCGAAAUAUUAUUGAGAUGUGCAGUAUUACUGCUUUAGCUCAUCUGAGAGCUGCAAUACUGUUUUUCUUGGAUAUAUCUGGGUCUUGUGGUUAUAGUAUUGCUCAGCAGGCAGCUCUAUUUCACAGCAUUAAGUCUUUGUUUAUGAACAAGCCGCUGAUCAUAGUGUGCAACAAGACCGACUUGCAACCACUGGAGGGGAUAUCUGAGGAAGACAUGAAGCUGGUCAUCGAGAUGAAAUCCGAAGCCUUGAAGACUGUAAUUGGCCAAGGAGGUGAGGCAACAAGUGAUGACAGUGUGUUGUUGACCAUGAGCACUUUGACAGAAGAAGGGGUGAUUUCUGUGAAAAAUGCAGCAUGUGAGAGGCUACUGAAUCAGAGGGUGGAGGUGAAGAUGAAGUCAAAGAAAAUUAAUGACUGCUUGAAUAGGUUUCAUGUUGCGAUACCAAAACAACGUGACCAGAAGGAAAGGCCACCAUGCAUUCCUCAGGCUGUUUUGGAAGCUAAAGCAAAAGAAGUAGCUGAAAAGGAAAAGAGAAAAACCGAGAAGGAUAUGGAGAAUGCGAAUGGUGGAGCAGGUGUAUACUCAAUGAACUUGAGGAAGCAUUACAUUUUGGCUAAUGAUGAAUGGAAAGAAGAUAUACUGCCAGAAAUUUUGGAUGGUCACAAUGUGUAUGACUUCAUUGAUCCUGAUAUUCUCCAAAGGGUUGAAGAGUUGGAAAGAGAAGAGGGCAUAAGACAGGCAGAAGAGGAAAAUGGCGAGUUUGAGAUUGAUGGAGCUGAGUUGACUCCAGAACAGCAAGCAGCUUUAGCUGAGAUUAGAAAAAAGAAAAGCUUGCUCAUCCAACAGCAUAGGAUUAAGAAGAGCAAUGCGGAGAGCCGGCCAACUGUUCCUAGGAAAUUUGACAAAGACAAGAAAUUCACAUCUGAGAGAAUGGGAAGGCAGUUGUCUUCUCUGGGGCUUGAUCCUAGUCUGGCAAUCCAGAGAAUGCGAAGUAGGUCUGUCUCUAGGAGAGGUCGGAAGAGGGACAGGUCACCUGAUGGUGGAGACAGUAUGGAUGUUGAUGGUGAUACACCCGACAAGAAGCAGCGCCUGAGUAGGUCACGUUCACGAUCCAGGUCUGUAUCUCGCCCUCCACAUGAAGUUGUGCCCGGAGAGGGCUUAAAGGACUCUGCACAAAAGAUCAAGGCGAUUAAACUUGCAAAGAAAUCUGUCAAGAAGAGAAACAAGCAAGCUCGCCGCGGAGAAGCUGAUAGAGUCAUACCAACUCUUAAGCCGAAGCACUUGUUUUCUGGAAAGCGCUCCACUGGAAAAACCGAUAGGCGCUGAAAAAGCAGGGGAAAUUGUUUUAUGCUCGUUGUUGGAGAAGUUUCUCGGCAUUACUGGAGGCUGCCAAAAGUUUUGUUUCUCUAUAUUAGUGAUACUGUGUUAGAUUUAAGUAUGGUAAUGUUGCCAAAAUUUUAUUAUAUACCUCUGCUUCAAUUUUAUUUUAGAAUUUUCACUGUGUCUGUUGCACAGCUUGCAUUAUUCAUAGUUGUAUGUUUUGUCAAAUUUUGGGGACCCUAUAAUAUAGUUAUUUGAUCGAAUGAAGAUGGUUGAGCUUUUUUAAA